AAAAAAGUAAAAAGAAAAACCACCAGGCUCUGAUUAGCGAUGGUAAUGGCGGAAUUGGGUGUCUUAAGGUUUGCGCCGCAUUAGAAAGCAAGCCUGCAAGAAUCUCUUCUCGUUCUCGUCUCUCUUUUCUCUCUCCACAGCCAUAGCCGCGUACAGUGCGUAUUCUUACCAUUCAACUCAUGUUCUUCAAACCCAUCAUUAAAACCCUUCUCUCUGCGUCGCUCCCAUACCAACCAGAAAAGAUACCUCCAUACAUCUACAUCCAAAAGCAAAGUUAUGUCGAUGUAUACAUGAAAUGGAAGAAAGACUCUUAUUAUGACUCAAUUGAGCACAUCUACAAAUCCGUACAACUCAGGCCCAUUAUUUCACUCAAGAAUUGCAUCGUGCAGAACGCCAACGGCUGCGUACCAAUCUCUGCUAUAUCGAAGAGGGGGACAGAGUUUGAUAUACCCAUUAAGGUUGCCAGGUUCUUGAGACAAUACCCAUCAAUUUUCGAGGAGUUUACUGGUCCGGAGCACAAUCUUCCUUGGUUCAGGCUGACCCAAGAGGCUGCCGAGAUUCAUAGAGAAGAAAGAAAGGUGUAUGAGAAUUGCCGGGAGGAUUUAAGGGGUAGGCUGAAGAGGUUGAUUUUGAUGAGUAAACAAAAGGUUUUGCCUUUAAAGAUUAUUAAAGGUUUGGAGUGGUAUUUGGGGUUGCCUGAGGAUUUUUUGCAGCACCCAGAAGAGAACCUUGAUGGGUCUUUCAGGUUUGUGGAUGUGGAAGAUGGAUUAAAGGGAUUGGCUGUUGAGAGUGAGGGAAAAAGGGUUUUGUCAAUGUUGCAGAGAGAUGCAAUGAAGAAAGGUGUUUACUUUGGUGGCUCAAUGGAGGCAAUUGAGUUCUCUCUUUUUCCUUCAAAGGGCUUCAGGCUGAGGAGGAAGAUAGACGAUUGGUUAAAAGAAUUCCAAAAGCUUCCUUAUGUUUCACCCUAUGAGGACUUCUCACAUUUGGAUCCAAACAGUGAUUUAGCAGAGAAGAGAGUUGUUGGAUUUCUUCAUGAGUUGCUUUGUCUGUUUGUUGAGAAUUCAGCUGAAAGGAGGAAGCUUUUGUGCCUUAAAAAGUACUUCGGAUUGCCACAGAAAAUGCACAAGGCAUUUGAGAGGCAUCCCCAUAUAUUCUAUUUGUCUUUGAGGAACAAAACUUGUACAGCCAUCCUUAAAGAAGCUUGUUCUAAUAAAUCUGGUAUAGAGAGGCAUCCACUAUUGAGAGUGAGGAAGAAGUACAUUCAGCUGAUGAAGAAAUCUGAGGUGAUUUUGAAGAACAGGAGGUUUAGUAACCGUUUUGUUGAGUCAAAGAAUGUGGAGAAGGAUUUGGAUUUGGAUUUGGAUUUGGAUUAUGAUAAUGAUGAAGGCAGCUCAGAGAUUACAGUGUGCUCUUUUGUUGAAGUUUCAUGAUGAUGUGAAGAAAGAAUAUGCAGCCUAACCUAAUGGAAGAAAGAAAGACGCACAUGGAGGCUUAUUGAGCGGGACUAAUCAGGCCUCCAGCUGAUUUAUAUGGAGUGACGACUGUCUGUUUUGAAGUGAUGAUGGAGCUUCGAAGUGACAAGAGUAUGUUGCCAUACAGGGGAUGUUAAACUAUCAUUUAAUGUUUAUUAGAAACUAAAUGUAACUGAUAAAUAUAUUUUCAUGCAAUAAAUGUUAAAUUAUUUCUUCUUUUUUUUGUUGAUCAAUAAAUUUUAUAUGUUUAUAUUUGGACAGAAGAAUAUGGGGUUUAGUAGGAGGACAAAGGGCAAGCAAAGUCCAUUAUUCUUGUUUUUCAGUCCUCCUUUGAUUUGCUUUAAUCUAAAUUCUUGUCAAGAAAGCUUUGUAGAAUGAUCUUUUUUUU